AUGACGAAAUCUGAAGAAUCUGUGAUCGAAGAACCUGAGCAAUGGAAAGAACAAGGAAAUAUUGCAUUUAAAGAAGGAGAAUGGGAUAAGGCAAUUGUGUGUUACAGUAAAGCUAUUAAAGCAUCUAAAGAAGAUAACAGUGAUAAGGCAGUGUAUUUAAAGAACCGUGCUGCAGCAUUUUUGAAAAAACUAGAAUAUCAAAAAGCGUAUGAUGACUGUUCUACAGCCCUAGAAAUUUCGCCUAAUGAUCCUAAAGCCCUCUUCCGGAGAUGUCAAGCUUUGGACAAUUUGGAAAGAUAUGAAGAAGCUUAUCGUGAUGCAAGACAAGUUCUUUCUGUUGAUCCUACAAACAAGGCCAUACAACCUGUGUUGCAGCGACUUCAUCAAAUUGUUCAGCAGAGAUUGACAGAAAAUGCUCAGACAAGCAAUAAGGUGAAGCAGAUGUGCGAAAUUGUAUUUGAUAUGGAAGCAGAAAAUGAAAAAAGGGAAACGGCCAUUAAAAAUUUAGUAGUUCUCUCUCGAGAACGUGCAGGGGCAGAAAUGAUGUUUAAUGAAGGAGUAGUGCCUCGAGUAGUCCGCUUGCUCAAGUUUGAAAAGAAAGAUGAAAUAAUUAUUAAUGCUAUUAGAGUUAUCAGUGAGCUUUGUUUAAAUAAUGUUACACGUACCAAGGAUAUGAUUUCAGAAGCAGGUAUGCCAUGGUUUCUGGAAGUACUGAAUAGUCCAAAAGAAGAUCAAGUAAAUGCAGCUCAAUAUUGUAUCCAAACAAUUUUGAAUGCUCUGUCAGGAAUGGAAAAUAAGCCUGACAGUAAACCAGAUCCAGAAAAAGUUGCAGAAAAUAAAAUUUUAAUAGAUACUUUGUUAUCAUGUUUGUUAUACUCAACAACAAGUCGCAUAAUAUCAGGUCUGGCAAGAAAUGCUGUUUUGGAAUUAAUUACUCGCAAUGUUCACUACACUGCCUUAGACUGGGCUGAACGACUAGUAGAAAUUAAAGGUUUACAACGUCUUAUGGAAGUAGCUAGUGAACUGCAAGAAUAUAAGUAUGAAUCUGCAAUGGAGGUGACAGAUUCAACUCGUACAAUUGUAUCAGUUUGUUUGGCUCGAAUAUAUGAAAACAUGUACUACGACCAGGCUAAGGAAAGAUACUUAAAUAAUGUAAGUGAGUUUGUAAAGGAUAAAUUAUUAACACCGGAUAUUGAAUCUAAAGUUCGUGUGGUCGUUGCUAUGACUACACUUUUGCUUGGCCCACUGGAUAUUGGUAAUACUGUGCUUGCCAAAGAGGGAAUCAUGGAAAUGAUAUUGGUCAUGGCUGGAACUGAUGAUGUGUUACAGCAAAAAGUUGCAUGCGAGUGUAUAAUUGCAGCUGCUUCCAAAAAAGAUAAGGUCAAAGCAAUAAUUUCCCAAGGUGUCAACAUACUAAAAAAAUUGUAUCAGUCUAAAGAUGAUGGAAUUAGAGUUCGUGCCCUGGUUGGUUUAUGUAAACUAGGGAGUAGUGGAGGAACAGAUGCAUCAAUAAGGCCUUUUGCUGAGGGAUCUACAGCGAAACUGGCUGAAGCUUGUCGUCGUUUCCUCAUAAAUCCAUCUAAAGAUCAAGAUAUGAGACGGUGGGCUGUUGAAGGUUUAUCGUACUUAACUCUUGAUGCAGAUGUGAAAGAAAAACUGAUAGAAGAUCGGAAGGCAAUUCAGUCAAUGAUGGAACUGGCUCGAAGUGGUAAUCAAUCUGCUGUGUAUGGCGUUGUAACUACUUUAGUGAAUUUAGCCAAUGCAUAUGACAAACAAGAGGUAAUUCCUGAAAUGAUUGAAUUAGCAAAGUUUGCAAAACAUCAUAUUCCUCAAGAUCAUGAAUUGGAUGAUCCAGACUUUGUCAACAAACGUUUGGAAGUACUAGCUAAAGAAGGAGUUACUAGUGCGUUAGUAGCGUUGUCAAAAACAGAGAGUGCUAAUAGCAAAGAGUUAAUAAGUAGGGUGUUCAAUGCCUUAUGUUCACUGCAAGAUCUUCGAGGGAUCGUUGUGCAACAAGGUGGAGCAAAAGUACUUUUGAAAAUGGCACUUGAUGGAACAGAUAAAGGUAAAAAGCAGGCUGCCCAGGCAUUGGCUCGUAUUGGUAUAACAAUUAAUCCAGAAGUAGCGUUUCCUGGUCAAAGAUGCUUGGAAGUAGUGCGUCCUCUACUGACACUUUUGCAUUGUGAAUGCUCAGGACUUGAAAAUUUUGAAGCUCUCCUAGCCCUCUGCAAUUUAGCAGGAAUGAAUGAAACUGUAAGAAAAAGAAUAGUGAAGGAAGGAGGAGUUCCGAAAAUUGAAUCAUACAUGUAUGAAGAACACGAAAUGCUCCGUCGGGCAGCCACUCAAGUAAUAACAAACUUGGCUAUGUCAGAAGAAGUUGUUCAAAUAUAUGAAGCUGGUAACGACCGUGCAAAAUUCCUUGUUUUAUUGUGUGGUGAAGAGGAUGUAGACACAGUAAAAGCUGCUGCAGGUGCUCUAGCCAUAAUGACCUCUACAAGCAAGAAAAUAUGCAAGAAAGUUUUUGAAGCAUCAACCUGGCAUGAUUCAUUACGUAUAAUUCUUGCCAACGAUGAUAAGGAUAUUCAGCAUCGUGGUGUUGCAGUUGUGUGCAAUAUGAUGCAAAGUAGUAAAGAAGUUGCAGAACGGUUAGCUGACACAGACAUUAUAGAGAUUCUGCUAGCUCUUACAAUGGUCAGAGAUGAAGAAGUGGAUCGGACCAAAAUACGUGAAAUAGCAAUGGAAGCUCUGAAAGCUGCAGAACAGUGGAAAUUACUUAAAAAAGCAGAAAAUGAAGAUUCAGAUGUUGAGUGA